CUCUCUCUCUCUCUCGAAACACCCUCUCCGUACUUUCUCUCUCUAGAAACACUCUCGUCUCUUUCUCUGUUUCCAUGGCUGGCUUCUCAAGGCCAUCCUCUUCUUCUCUUUUGCUCGCCUUUCUUCUUCUCGGCACCAUCUUCUCCUCAUCGGAAGCCAAAGAAAUCUUGGUCGGAGGCAAGUCCGAUUCAUGGACAAUCCCGUCUUCCCAAUCCCAAUCUCUCAACAAAUGGGCUGAAAGUACCCGUUUCCGCAUCGGCGAUACACUUGUGUGGAAAUACGACGGCGAGAAGGACUGGGUGGUUCAGGUGAGCAAAGAGGACUAUUUGAGCUGCAACAGCUCGAGCCCGAUUGAGGAAUACAAGGACGGACAGACCAAGGUUAAGCUGAACAAAGCUGGGCCCUACUAUUUCAUAAGUGGGGCCAAGGGACACUGCGAGAAGGGACAGAAGCUCAUCGUCGUUGUGCUCUCCCCGAGGCACCGGUACGCCAUUUCUCCGGCGCCUUCUCCGGCGGAAUUCGAUGGCCCGGCGGUUGCUCCCACCAGCGGAGCUGAGGCUUUGAGGGGGGGUGGCUUGGUUGUGGGUUUGGGAGGAUUUUUGUUGCUCUGGGGAUUGUUUUGAAUGUGAAGAUUAGAUUGUUUAGAGAAGAGAUUUUAUUUUGUUUUGUUUUGUUUAGUUUGGUUUGGUUUUGUUUCUUUUGGGUUGGGAUGGUGAUAUUCAUUCAUUUGUUGUAUGCGAGCUUUAGCAAGCAUCAUAAAUUCUAUUCGUUAAUCCAAUUCCUGGAUUAUAAUU